AUGGCUGCCACCGGAGUGCUUCCCUUUAUAAGGGGGGUAGACCUCAGUGGGAACGACUUUAAAGGAGGAUAUUUCCCCGAGCAUGUCAAAUGCAUGAGCAGUCUACGAUGGCUCAAAUUGAACAAGACAGGACUAUGUUACCUCCCAGAGGAGCUGUCCUCUCUACAGAAACUGGAACAUCUUUCUGUGAGCCACAAUAGUUUGACCACUUUACAUGGAGAGCUCUCCAGUUUGCCCAACCUCAGGGCUGUCGUUGCCCGUGGCAACAGCUUAAAAAACUCAGGAGUCCCAGAUGACAUCUUUCAGCUUGAUGACCUCUCUGUGCUGGACUUAAGUUACAAUCAGCUGACUGAGGUCCCCAGGGACCUGGAAAACAGCCGGAAUAUGCUGGUGCUCAACUUGAGUCACAAUGGCAUCGACACAAUCCCCAACCAGCUGUUCAUUAACCUGACAGACCUGCUGUAUCUGGACCUGAGUGACAACAAGCUGGACAGCCUGCCACCCCAGAUGAGACGCCUCGUUCAUUUGCAGACUCUCAUCCUUAACAACAACCCGCUAAUGCAUGCACAGUUGCGACAGCUGCCAGCCAUGGUGGCAUUACAAACUCUUCACCUGAGGAACACCCAGAGAACACAGAGCAAUAUGCCAACAAGCCUGGAGGGUCUGACGAAUUUAGCAGAUGUCGACCUGUCUUGUAAUGACCUGACUCGGGUGCCAGAGUGCCUCUAUUCACUGGGCAGUUUGAAGCGACUCAACUUGAGUAGUAAUCAGAUAUCCGAACUGUCGCUCUGCAUCGACCAGUGGACCCAACUCGAAACACUGAACCUGAGCCGCAACAUGCUCAACUCAUUGCCUUCCGCCAUUUGUAAGCUGUCCAAAUUGAAAAAGCUGUACAUGAACUCCAACAAACUGGACUUUGACGGAGUUCCCCCUGGUAUGGGCAAAUUAAGCAAUCUUACAGAGUUCAUGGCAGCAAACAACAACCUAGAACUGAUCCCUGAGGGACUUUGUAGAUGUGGCAUGCUGAAGAAGCUCGUGCUGAACAAAAACCGCCUUGUGACACUUCCGGAGGCCAUCCAUUUCCUCACGGACUUAGAGGUGCUGGACGUACGCGAGAACCCAAACCUGGUGAUGCCUCCAAAACCAGUUGACAGAGGAGCAGAGUGGUACAAUAUCGACUUCUCCUUGCAAAACCAGUUGCGACUGGCUGGAGCUUCGCCUGCCACUGUUGCAGCAGCAGGAGAAGGGGCUAGCCCUAGAGAUCCCCUGGCAAGAAAGAUGAGACUCAGGAGGAGGAAGGAUUGUUCCCAGGACGAUCAGGCCAAGCAGGUGUUGAAGGGCAUGAGUGAUGUCGCACAAGAAAAGAAGAACCUGGAGGAAAAUGGAGAUUUGAAAUACGCAGAUCUAAAGGUUCGACGUUGGGAUCAGAGCUUAGAGAAACCUCAAUUAGACUACUCUGAGUUCUUUAUGGAUGACGCGGGGCAGGUUCCGGGUGUGAGCGUGUGGCAGAUAGAAAACUUUGUUCCCAUGCCAGUGGACGAAACAUUUCAUGGGAAAUUUUACGAGGCAGAUUGCUACAUCGUCCUCAAGACAUUUUUGGAUGACAAUGGAGCGCUGAACUGGCAGAUAUACUACUGGAUUGGCCAGGAAGCCACGCUCGACAAGAAAGCCGGCUCUGCCAUCCAUGCUGUCAACCUCAGAAAUUUCCUCGGAGCCGAGUGCAGGACAAUAAGGGAAGAGAUGGGAGACGAGAGCGAGGAGUUUAGUGAAGUGUUUAACAAUGAGAUAUCAUACAUUGAGGGAGGCACUGCCAGUGGAUUCUACACUGUGGAGGACACGCACUAUUCUGUUAGGCUAUACAGGGUUUAUGGCAAGAAAAACAUCCGACUAGAGUCUGUACCGGUGAAGUCUUGCUCACUUGAUCCACGCUUUGUGUUCCUAUUGGACAUCGGACUGGAAAUCUUUAUCUGGAGGGGAGCCAACGCUACACUGAGUAGCACCACAAAGGCCAGGUUAUUUGCAGAGAAGAUCAAUAAGAAUGAACGCAAGGGGAAGGCAGAGAUCACAACUUUGCGGCAGAAUCAGGAGCCUCCAAAUUUCUGGGAGUUACUAGGAGGACAACCUGAAGAGAUCAUGAAACACGUUCCAGAUGACUUCUCACCCAUUAGACCCAAACUCUACAAGGUGGGUUUGGGUCUUGGCUAUCUCGAGCUUCCUCAGAUUAACUACAAGCUGUCUGUGGAGCACAAAGACCACAAGAUUAAACUGGACACGUUGCCAGAGCUCAGACUGCUGCAGUCGCUGCUGGACACCAAGUGCGUGUACAUCCUGGAUUGUUGGUCUGACGUGUUCAUCUGGAUUGGGAGGAAAUCUCCCCGACUCGUCCGGGCCGCCGCCUUAAAACUGGGUCAGGAGAUCUGCUCCAUGCUGCACCGACCAAAACACGCAUGCGUCACCCGGAACUUAGAAGGCACCGAAUGCCAGGUGUUCAAGUCAAAGUUCAAGAACUGGGAUGACGUGCUGAAGGUGGACUACACCAGAGCUGCGGAGACAGUGCAGCAGACCGAUAACCUCCAGGGCAAGGUGAAGAAAGACACGGAACAGAAAGACCAAAUGAAAGCCGACCUCACGGCGCUCUUCCUUCCAAGGCAGCCGGCCAUGCCUCUCACUGAGGCAGAGCAGCUGAUGGAGGAGUGGAACGAGGACUUGGAUGGAAUGGAAGGUUUCGUACUGGAGGGCAAAAAGUUUGCACGUCUUCCCGAGGAGGAGUUUGGUCACUUUUACACUCAAGAUUGCUACGUUUUCCUCUGCAGAUAUUGGGUGCCCGUGGAAUACGAGGACGACGACGAGGAAAAGAAAGAGGGUGAAGACAAGGGAAAAGAGGAUGAGGAGGACAAGCAGCCGGAAGAAGACUUCCAGUGCGUUGUGUACUUCUGGCAAGGCCGACAAGCCUCCAACAUGGGUUGGCUCACCUUCACCUUCUCCCUGCAGAAGAAGUUUGAAAGCCUCUUCCCAGGAAAAUUAAAGGUGGUGCGUAUGACCCAGCAACAGGAGAACCUCAAGUUCUUAUCUCAUUUCAAGAGGAAGUUUAUCAUCCACAAAGGGAAGAGGAAACAGAAGAUCGACUCUGCUCAGCCUUCUCUUUACCACAUCCGCACCAACGGGAGUGCGCUUUGCACCAGAACCAUUCAGAUCGGAACGGACUCGAGCAAUCUCAACUCUGAGUUCUGCUUCAUUCUCAAAGUGCCUUUUGAGAGCACGGACAACCAGGGCAUCGUUUACACUUGGGUCGGUCGAGCCGCCGACCCGGACGAGGCCAAGCUGGCCGAGGACAUCAUGAACAGCAUGUUUGAUGACACUUACAGCAAGCAGGUCAUCAACGAGGGCGAGGAACCGGAAAACUUCUUCUGGGUCGGCAUCGGUGCUCAGAAGGAAUACGACGAGGAUGCGGAUUACAUGAAAUACGCCCGUCUCUUCAGGUGUUCCAACGAGAAAGGGUAUUUCUCGGUGUCGGAAAAGUGCUCCGACUUCUGCCAGGAUGACUUGGCCGACGACGACAUAAUGUUACUGGAUAACGGAAAAGAGGUAUACAUGUGGGUCGGUACUCAGACGAGCCAGGUGGAGAUAAAACUGAGUCUCAAAGCUUGUCAGGUGUACAUCCAGCACAUGCGCUCCAAAGAAACUCAGCAACCCAGAAAGCUGCGUCUGGUGCGCAAGGGAAAUGAGCCGCACUGUUUCACGCGUUGCUUCCACGCUUGGGGGGCUUUCAAAACUCCCCCAGCGUAG